GGCGGUUGUCACAAGCUCAGGCCUUUGUCUUCGACCCUCGCAGGUGGCGCCGAAACAUCACCAUGCCCGUGUGCCCGAUGUCCCUGGAGUUUCUCAAGGCCUCCCACUUCGCUCUGGGCCCCGAUCCGCGGCUGCACGACGACACUAUGCAGUGCACGACGCACCGGGACUUUCCAGCCUAUUCCGGCAUCACCCCAGCGCAGCGCCCAGCUUCGCCACCGCACGCCACAGUCUUCCAAAGGGAAGGGCGCUGGGCCGCCCAGAAGCACGUGUCCGAGGUGCGCCGCGCGUUCUCGCCACCACCCGAGUUGCCGUCGUGGGAUGAGCUGCGGGAGCGCAAAAUGGAGCGCACGCGAGUCAUGCAGAUCAGCAACCUGCACGUGCACGCGGACGCGCGUCCUGGCCUCAACCUGUCCACCGCACGUACUGACUACCGCUGGCCUGAGCUACCGCCGCACGCCCGCGAGGAUAUCCGAGGCGCGCGCCUCAUCUUCGACCGCGACUCGGUGCCCUCAGGCGACAGGGAACAGCUGCGCAUCCCUCCCACCUCUUACCAGGCACACUACCGGCCAUAUGAUGCUGCGCCUCAGCCCCGGGUGCCCAGCAUCCACCUGGGGGGCCCCAACAACCUGAAGUGGAACUACAAGGGACAGGAAGAAACCUCCUACAAGAAUCAGUUCCAGGCCCUCCCAGGCCCACCUGCCUUGAUGUGUAAAAGGGCAGCCUCCAGUGUGAACCUAGGAGACUGCAGGGAUGGCUACAGCAACCUUUGCUCAUACAUGAAACAGAUGUACAUGCCUCAGGAGCUGCCACCACACAGGUAUGACAAGGCCCAGACUGCAGCCCACAUUCACCAGGUGAGCAUUGGUCCUGGCGACAGCCUGUUCCAUGACAGGACCACAAUGAACGACCACUUCUACCCCCGAGAACCAGAGCCUUUUGUUCUCCAUCAUGAUAAGACCCCGGAGUCGCACAUCCUGAAAGGAAACUGGUGCCCUGGCCCUGGCAGCCUCGCGACUUCCACAAAGUUCUUCUAUGGUGAGCCGCCUCCUGUGACUCAGCCUCCCAGCCGACAUGUGUCCCAUGAGAAACUGAAGGAUCACGUGACCCUGGGAGAAGCAAGGCUGCUCCGAGACUUCUUCCAAACCUCCAUGGGCUCAGACUACCGCCCUCCGGACACCAAACCAAUACAUAGAGCCUUUAACUUUUCUUUGUUGGAGAGUAACUUGCCUGAGGGCACAGGUGAAUUAGAUUUUUUAACCACGAACCAAAAGAUGAUGAAGCCGCAUGGAAUAGUUCGAGCCACCAUCACAGAAGAAUUGUUACAGAAGUGCAAAUACAGCCACAUAGAGCCCCCGCUGGGUGGACAGCGUAUCUUCUCCACCCAGUAUCAAGACCAGUUUCCUUUCAAGUACCAGGGACCACUGGUACUGAAGCUAAAUAACACUCAGGAAAGCAAUGUGCCACUGGGCACACCCCAAAAAUUUGGCUGCUGGGGACAGCUCCUGGGGCCCCAGCUCCCUCUGUACCCCUGUGUGAGCCAGCAAUAA